UGAAAACAAAAAUAACUCAAACUAACUCAUGUCCAAGCUAUUAAAAUAUGCUCAAAAGUUUUACCAGUUCACCGCGUAUGCAUAGGAUAGGCUCCUUUGUUUUAAAACGACGAUAUUUUCUUCACUCUCUCAAUCAGUAUCCUCCUCUGUAGCAAUUUUCACACUGAAUAUCAGAUUACAUUCCCCUCUCUGAGUGUCUUCCCUUUCUGUGAGAAUCUAUGGCGCAGAUCUUGCUUCAUGGGACUCUUCAUGUGACGAUCUAUGAAGUGGAUAGGCUGCACUCUGGAGGUGGGGGCAAUUUUUUCAACAAGAUCAUUGCCAAUAUCGAGGAGACUGUGGGUUUCGGCAAAGGGACUCCCAAAAUCUACGCGACCGUUGACCUUGAAAAGGCCCGAGUCGGACGGACUCGAACACUCGAGAAGGAGCCCGAAAACCCCAGAUGGUACGAGUCUUUCCACAUCUACUGCGCUCACAAUGCAUCGAACGUCAUAUUCACGGUCAAAGACGACAAUCCAAUUGGCGCCACUCUAAUCGGGAGGGCCUAUGUCCCUGUCCACGAGCUUCUGGACGGCGAAGAAAUCGACCGCUGGGUUGAAAUACUCGACGAGAAAAAAAAGCCAAUAAAAGAAGAAUCCAAAAUCCACGUGAAGCUUCAGUUUUUCGACGUCUCUCGUGACCGCAACUGGGCCCGCGGGGUGAAGAGUGCCAAAUACCCUGGUGUCCCGUACACUUUCUUCUCCCAAAGAACGGGCAAUCGUGUCUCGUUAUAUCAGGAUGCUCACAUUCCGGAUAACUUCAUCCCAAAAAUACCCUUAUCCGGGGGAAAUUACUACGAGCCGCACAGAUGCUGGGAAGACGUUUUUGACGCCAUCACUAAUGCGAAGCACCUGAUUUACAUCACGGGCUGGUCCGUGUACACCGAGAUCACUUUGGUACGUGACUCGAGGAGGCAGAAGCCCGGGGGAGACGUUACGCUCGGCGAGCUUUUGAAGAAGAAGGCGAGCGAAGGCGUUCGGGUGCUUAUGCUCGUGUGGGACGACCGAACCUCGGUUGGCCUGUUGAAGAAGGACGGUUUGAUGGCUACACACGAUGAGGAGACCGCGCAGUAUUUCGAAGGCACGGACGUGAACUGUGUUCUGUGCCCUCGUAAUCCUGAUGACGGCGGGAGUUUCGUUCAGGACCUUCAGAUUUCGACUAUGUUCACCCACCACCAGAAGAUUGUUGUAGUCGACAGUGAUUUGCCGAGCGGGCAAUCGGAUAAGAGGAGAAUCGUGAGUUUUGUUGGCGGGAUUGAUCUCUGUGACGGGAGGUACGACUCGCCUUUCCACUCGCUCUUCCGGACACUUGACACGGCACAUCACGAUGAUUUCCAUCAGCCCAAUUACACUGGGGCUGCCAUUACGAAAGGCGGGCCUCGUGAGCCCUGGCAUGAUAUCCACUCCCGUCUCGAAGGGCCCGUCGCGUGGGAUGUCCUCUUCAAUUUCGAGCAGAGGUGGAAGAAGCAAGGAGGGAAAGACUUGCUCCUCCAAUUGAGGGAACUCGAUGAUGUCAUCAUCCCUCCUUCUCCAGUCGUGUACCCGGACGAUCACGAGACGUGGAACGUGCAGAUAUUCCGCUCGAUCGACGAGGGGGCCGCGUUCGACUUUCCCUCCACGCCAGAGGAGGCCGCGCGGGCCGGGCUUGUUAGCGGGAAGGACAACACUAUUGACAGGAGCAUUCAGGAUGCAUAUAUCCACGCGAUUCGCCGUGCCAAGAAUUUCAUUUAUAUUGAAAACCAGUAUUUUCUGGGGUCGUGUUUCGGGUGGGACUCGUCUGACAUCAAGGUGGAGGAUAUUGGGGCCUUGCAUCUCGUGCCGAAGGAGCUUUCGCUGAAGAUUGUGAGCAAGAUCGAGGCUGGGGAGAGGUUCACGGUGUAUAUCGUGGUUCCCAUGUGGCCGGAAGGGAUUCCGGAGAGCGCGUCGGUUCAGGCUAUACUGGACUGGCAGAGGAGGACGAUGGAGAUGAUGUACAAGGACAUUGUUCUGGCACUCCGUGCCAAGGGUAUCGUGGAGGACCCGAGGAACUACUUGACCUUCUUUUGUCUCGGUAAUAGGGAGGUGAAGAGGAGCGGCGAGUACGAGCCGUCUGAGAGCCCGGAGCCCGGUUCAGAUUACGAGAAGGCUCAGCAGGCCCGCCGCUUUAUGAUCUAUGUUCAUGCCAAGAUGAUGAUAGUUGAUGACGAGUACAUAAUAAUUGGGUCGGCCAACAUUAACCAGCGGUCAAUGGACGGGGCUCGGGACUCGGAGAUUGCCAUGGGGGCCUACCAACCGUACCACCUGGCGACCAGGCAGCAGCCUGCCAGGGGGCAGAUACAUGGCUUCAGGAUGGCCCUAUGGUACGAGCAUCUGGGCAUGCUCGACGACUCUUUCCUUCACCCGGAGAGUGUUGAAUGUGCAGCCAAAGUGAAUCGUGUUGCUGAUAAGUACUGGGACCUCUAUGCUAGUGAGGAGCUGGAGAGGGAUCUGCCAGGCCACUUGCUCAGGUACCCGAUUGGGAUUGCUAGCGAGGGGAAUAUUACGGAAUUGCCAGGGACGGAGUUCUUCCCGGAUACUAAGGCCCGUGUGCUCGGCACCAAGUCUGACUAUCUCCCGCCUAUCCUCACGACUUGAGGUGAGGAUAUAUAUGGAACUUAGGUCGUGGAUUGAAAUAAUUAAUGAAUAAAAUUCGUGUUGUCGAUUGUGUGUUUGCUGGGCGUUUAGGGGCACACGAAGGGUUUUUUUUUAUUCGGAUAUUCUGUGUGGUUGUAUGUUGUUGUGUUCUUCUGGUCUCUGUAGUGAUUUGUCUGGUUUUGUGAUGAAUAUGGUCUUGAAAACUAUUUUGUGUGUUAUGACUGUGUAUUUGGAGUGACAUUUCUCACUUAUGCUGCUGUGGAAUAUCGAGUACCUCAAUUGAUUAGAUGUUUAUUUGUAGUUCUUGCCUGGACAUUAAUAAAGAUGUUCCCAUGUCUCAUUAGAAAAUAUUUAUGAACAAUGUGGAGUGGAAAGUAUAUUUUGUUUUCACAAACUUUAAAGAUACUUCAAUAGCUAAUAAGAAGCAAGAAUUCGUACUAUACACCUCGAAAUUCCAUGAAGAUUCAAGAUUCUUGAGUAGUGUGCCAAAUCUUGCCUCGCCACGCGCACCAAAAGUUUUCAAAGAAAAUUAUGAAGUGGCCAAUGUGAUAAGA